AUGGAUAUCAGCUGCCAGGAUAUUGUAGGUGAUAUAGAAGAUCUGAUAUCCUUCGACGAUCCCACACCGUCAGAGCGGUACCAGAAUAAAAAGGACGUAACAGUGCGAGCCAAACGGGCAAAAGUGCGCGCCACCAGUCGCCCGAAAGAAGUACCCUGCGUUGAAAAGCCGAAACUGGACAGCGUAAUUCCCGAGACACAGCAAAUCUACAUGAAAACAUGGGGCUGUGCUCAUAAUACAUCCGACACAGAGUAUAUGGCCGGUCAGCUGGCGCAGUACGGGUAUAAUCUGACCAACGAUAAAAAUUCGGCCGAUCUGUGGGUGCUGAACAGCUGUACGGUAAAAAAUCCGUCGGAAGAUACGUUUCGUAACGAAAUAGAAGCUGCUCAUCAAGCGGGCAAGCAUGUCGUGGUUGCCGGCUGUGUACCACAGGCUGCCCCCAGGUCUGAUUAUCUCAAAGGUUUGAGCGUGGUCGGUGUGCAACAGAUCGAUCGCGUAGCCGAAGUGGUGGAGGAAACGCUCAAGGGCCAUUCGGUGCGUUUGCUGCAGGCGAAGAAAGUAAACGGCCGCAAAGUGGCAGGACCAAAGCUAGCCCUACCGAAGGUGCGCAAAAAUCCUUUAAUCGAAGUUAUUCCCAUCAAUUCUGGCUGUCUGAAUGCGUGCACUUACUGCAAGACAAAGUUUGCCCGGGCCGAUCUGGUUAGCUAUCCCGUUGAGGAGAUAGUGGAACGAGCGCAGCAAGUAUUCCAAGAAGGAGUCUGUGAAAUAUGGCUCACAUCGGAAGACACCGGAACAUAUGGACGGGAUAUCGGAUCCUCACUCCCGGAGCUGUUAUGGAAAUUAGUGGAAGAAAUACCAGAAGGAUGCAUGAUGCGACUCGGUAUGACCAAUCCGCCCUACAUUUUGGAGCACCUGGAUGAGAUGGCCAAAAUCUUGUCGCAUCCACGAGUCUACAGCUUUCUGCACAUACCCGUGCAGAGUGGAUCGGAUACAAUUCUGGGAGAAAUGAAACGCGAAUAUUGUGUAAAGGAUUUUGAACGUAUGGUGGACUUUCUAAGGGAACAAGUGCCAGGCAUCACCAUUGCGACAGAUAUCAUUUGCGGAUUUCCCGGUGAAACGGAGGCCGACUUCGAAGACACACUAUCUCUGUGUCAGAAGUACCAGUUCCCAAGCUUGUUCAUAAAUCAAUUCUUUCCACGGCCAGGGACACCAGCUGCUAAGAUGACGAAAGUUCCAGCGAAUGAAGUGAAAACACGAACCAAGCGUCUGACGGAUCUGUUUCAUUCGUACGAACCGUACAAGAAGUACGCGAUGGGAACGAAACAGACCGUACUUGUUACCGAAAUCUCGCACGAUCGUAAACAUUACGUUGGACACAAUAAGUUCUACGAACAGAUUCUGUUGCCGAUGCACAACAAAUUGCUCGGGAAGCAAGUCGAAGUUGAAAUUACCGGAUGUACCAAAUUCAGCAUGUUCGGUAAAGUAAUACAAGACGAGCAGGAAUGGGUCAAUUGUAGCAAAGUUGGUGCCACCGAUGGAACUAUGACCACGAAAUUAAUGACCGACGCCGGAGAGUCGAGGUAUCGAUCGAUGUUUGCCUACAUUUUCAUAUCGUGCAGUUUGGCGAUUGUGUUUAAAUAUCUUUUCAUGUUUUUUGACUUCUAA